AUGGAUUCAAUUGAUUGCCCCUAUGAGAUUGGUAACCCUGAGGGUGAUGUAGGGAUCGGCAUUGACCCAAUUGAUAGCUCCCAGAUGAUUGGUAACCUCGGGGUGAUAUUAGGAUUGGCAUUGAUCCAAUUGAUUGCCCUCAAGGGAUUGGUAACCCUUGGGGGUGAUGUAAGGAUCGACAUAGAUCCAAUUGAUUGCCUCCAUGGUGAUGUAGGGAUUGACAUGGAUUCGAUUUUGCCUCAAGGUAUUGUAGGCCUUAGGUGA